CGUUUCAUUCGAUAAAGCAGAGUUGGCAGAGUGUGUUUACUUCGCUAAUCGGCGUUCGUGCGCAGUGAUGGCAACACUGUAUUCGCCGGCCAUGUUAUGAUAUGUAAAAGGUAGACGUAGACACGUGUUUAAUUUCUGCUGCUUUGUACGCUCCAGUUUCGUGUCAAUCAAGUCAAAAAAAAAAAAAAAAGCCAAGUGAAAAAGCAAAAAACAUUUCAACUUCAAACAGCUAAAAGAAAAGCAAUUGAAAACAUAUUAAUUACCCCACUGGUUUCAAAAGAUUCUCCAAUAUUCAGCGAAAAUGGUAUCCGGUCGUCCACUACUCUUUCUGUCACUGCCCGGUGUAGCAUUUAUACUCGGCGUCUUUUGGUUUCGGCGUAGAAAUAAAAAUCGUAUAGAUAAAAACGAUGAUGAUGCUAAAGCCAAUGGGAAGCAAGUUAAGGAUGACGUCGUCGACCCAUCAAUUAAAAUGAAUGGGCUUCAAUCACAAAAUGGGAAAUUGCCAAAUAAUGCAGUAGGAGGAGGAGCCACAACAAAGUCAAUGAACAUAAGUGUUAACGGUAAUGGUUCGCUGAAUCAUGGCAAUGAAAAUGAUAGCCCAAAUACAAUGUUAUAUGGCAAAUCGGCACCGAUUACCAUACAAAAUGGUCGUGCAUCGCCGGGCAAACACCAACAUCAGCAGCAGCAGCAACAGCAGCAAAUUGACUCAGAAAUGUUGAAAUCAAAAAUUCAGGAUGCCGAACACAAGAAGCUGUGCUCCAUCGAUGAAGAUUUUGAGAAUUUAUCGUCGCCCAGGGACUUACCCGAUUCGAUUAGCAAUAAUCGCGUUUUAUUCUACAAUCGUAAAAUCAAUCAAAAGGGCGAGGAGCCAGUUGUGAUUAAGGCCACAUGCACACCCAAAAUAUCGCCAGAGAAUUCGUUUCUCGAGAGCAAAUACACCAAACAGGAGUUUGGCGAGCCAAACAACAAUUGUGAGCCCAAAAAGGAGAUGAAGGAAACAAAAACUGCUCCAGCAACAGCUCCAACUCCAGCACUAACUCCAAUUGCAGGUGUGCCACAACAGACUGCGCUGGCUGAGGUGGAACAGGAUAACCCUGUCGUGGAGCAAACAAUUGUUGUAGCCAAGGAUGUGAAUGCAAACACAGAAAAUACAGCAGCAGCCAAUGGCAAUCAGAAGCGUAAUGUGGAUGCAGCAAGUCCAUCGCUGAGCAUUUGCAGUGUACAAUCGGGUGAUUCGGGCAAGGGUUCUAGCCUGCCACGUUCGGAGGCGACAACGCGCGUGAAGACCUCAUAUCGUUUCUACUUUCCCAAUGGCCUAAUUGGCCAGUUGUAUGGACGCAAACGGACAUUCAUCAAUCAGAUUAAGGCGAAAACUUUGGCAAAUGUGGUGCUAAGCAAGACACGUUAUUCAUCCGGUAAAUUGCGCAUCUGCACCAUUGAGGGCACAGAGAAUGAGAUCGAUGCCGCUUUGGCAAUGAUACGCCAACGUUUGCCAGCUAGACGCUAUCCCAAUUUCACAAUGCAACGAAUCCAUUAUGCGCUUCCGCAAACCGUAGUUCCUCUUUCGACUGAAAGCCUCUAUAAUCUACAACUAAAUCUGAUCGAAGGCAUCAACAAUGAUGUUGUGGUCAGCGCUGUGCUCUCUGGAGACCAUGUGUUCAUCCAGCAUCCGUUGCAUCCAUCGCAUCCAUCACUGCAUGCUCUACAGAAGGCCAUGUACGAUAGUUAUUCAACCAUGGAUGCACCACUAUUGCCAAACAUUGAGAUUAGCGCCGUUUGUGUGAUGCCCAUCAAUGGGAUUUGGUAUCGUGUGCAGAUUGUUGACACCGAUGCCGACGAUGUGGAGCGUUGUCUUAUCAAAUUCUUAGACUUUGGUGGCUACAUGAAUGUCAGCUUUAGUGCAUUGCGUCAAAUUCGGACAGAUUUUAUGGCAUUGCCAUUUCAGGCAACCGAAUGCAUACUGUCCAACAUCGAGCCAAUCGAUGAUACAUAUUCGGCCGAUGCGGCUGAUAUCCUCAACAAAUUAACCAAAGGCAUUGUCUUGCAAGCACAAGUCGCCGGCUACAAUAGCCAUAACAUACCAGAAAUCUAUUUAUUUGCUUCUCUAGGUCCAAAUAAUAUAAUUUUUAUCAAUAAGGAACUUGUCGCUAGAAAUCUCGCAAAAUGGGUCGAGAUGCCUGAUUAACAGCCUACAUGAACAUUAAAACAAUAAUAACGACAAAAAGGAAGUCAAAACAAAAUAUAGGAACUA